GAACAGCAAGCAGAAAAGGAAUAAACCAUUGCUGUCUUUCCAUGCAGUGCGCACCAACCACUAUACUUAUUAUUACAAAAGAAAGUUCAGGAAUGUAAAAAAUUAUCUUGAGGUCUAAGAUCUGUAGGUACCAACUACCAAAUCUAAAAUAGCAAUCAUAUAUGAACAUCUCUUGAACUGUAUAUAUACCAAACUUCUCCUUGUUUACUAAGCAUUGAAUGUCAGGUUAAUCUAAUUUAAAAACUAGCUAGGCAAGUGUGGACAGAAUCAGUUUGUUACCAAUAUGGAGGCUCUACUCAAAUCUUUGUUUAUGUUUGUUAUUGUGACGCUAAUGAUCCAGAAAAAUGCAAUGGCAGCUCAACACGUUGUUGGUGGAAGCCAAGGAUGGGAUGAAUCAACUGAUUUCAACUCAUGGGCUUCUGGUCAGACAUUCAAAGUUGGAGAUACACUAGUAUUUAGGUACAAUCCAGGCCUUCACAGCGUUGUAGAACUUGAGGGUGAAAGCGCAUACAAGAGUUGUGAUAUAAGCAGUACAGUGAACUCGCUGAGUGGUGGUAACGAUGUUGUUAAACUAAACAAGCCAGGGACAAGAUACUUUGCUUGUGGAACAGCAGGGCACUGUGACCAAGGAAUGAAGCUUAAGAUCACAACUGUUACUGGAAGUGCACCUUCUAAUCAGGCUGCUUCUUCCACGCCUAGCUCCUCUUCUGCGGUUUCUCUUGGUUUUUCUUCCGCGUUCUUCACUUUCAUUGCUGCAAUUUUGACUGUACUAAUGUCUCUAGUAUUCCUGUUAUAAGACACAGUUUUGCUUUAUUGAUUCAAAUGUUUUGCACUUGAUGAGGCGGAGUGUAGCUGGUAUUUAUAUGGAGUGGAGCACAAUGUUAAUUUUGUUAAUAAGUUGUUCAUGUGAUGUAUUGUGAUUCUUUUACUUCAAAUUUUAUGAAGAGUUUGAAUAGUGAUAGCCAUUUGUUUCUUGAUGUAGUCUUACAAUCUAAAGUUUAAAUCUUGAGUUGUAUCAAAUGUAUUGCAUUUAACAUAAAUGACUAUUGAUAGCUGUUACAAAUCA